GGCCGUGAUCGUCCGGGAGCCGGCGGCGGGGGGCGGCCGGGGCCGGGGCCGGGGCCGCCGCCGGGGCGCGCGGGGCGGCGGCGGGGGCCGCGGGGGCCCCGGCGCACGGGAUCGGGAGCGGCCCGUGGAGUCGGAGCGCACCAUGGAGGCGGCGGCGGGCGGUCGCGGCGGCUUCCAGCCGCACCCGGGGCUGCAGAAGACGCUGGAGCAGUUCCACCUGAGCUCCAUGAGCUCGCUGGGCGGCCCGGCCGCCUUCUCGGCGCGCUGGGCGCAGGAGGCCUACAAGAAGGAGGGCGCCAAGGAAGCGGGCGCGGCCGCGGUGCCGGCCCCGGUCCCUGCGGCCGCCGAGCCGCCGCCCGUGCUGCACCUGCCCGCCAUCCAGCCGCCGCCGCCCGUGCUGCCCGGGCCCUUCUUCAUGCCGUCCGACCGCUCCACCGAGCGCUGCGAGACCGUCCUGGAGGGCGAGACCAUCUCGUGCUUCGUGGUGGGCGGCGAGAAGCGCCUGUGCCUGCCGCAGAUCCUCAACUCGGUGCUGCGCGACUUCUCGCUGCAGCAGAUCAACUCGGUGUGCGACGAGCUGCACAUCUACUGCUCGCGCUGCACGGCCGACCAGCUGGAGAUCCUCAAAGUCAUGGGCAUCCUGCCCUUCUCGGCGCCCUCGUGCGGGCUCAUCACCAAGACGGACGCGGAGCGCCUGUGCAACGCGCUGCUCUACGGAGGCGCCUACCCGCCGCCCUGCAAGAAGGAGCUGGCCGCCAGCCUGGCGCUGGGCCUGGAGCUGCGCGAGCGCAGCGUGCGCGUGUACCACGAGUGCUUCGGCAAGUGCAAGGGGCUGCUGGUGCCCGAGCUCUACAGCAGCCCGAGCGCCGCCUGCAUCCAGUGCCUCGACUGCCGCCUCAUGUACCCGCCGCACAAGUUCGUGGUGCACUCGCACAAGGCCCUGGAGAACCGGACCUGCCACUGGGGCUUCGACUCCGCCAACUGGCGGGCCUACAUCUUGCUGAGCCAGGACUACACGGGCAAGGAGGAGCAGGCCCGCCUGGGCCGCUGCCUGGACGACGUGAAGGAGAAGUUCGACUACGGCAACAAGUACAAGCGGCGGGUGCCCCUGGUCUCCUCUGAGCCCCCCGUCUCCAUCCGAAAAACAGACGAUGCUCCCUCCCAGCACCCCACGUCUUCUGAGAAGGACAAACAGUCCAGCUGGCUGCGGACCCUGGCCAGCUCCUCCAGCAAGAGCCUGGGCUGUGCUCACCCUCGCCAGCGCCUCUCCGCCUUCCGACCCUGGUCCCCUGCCGUCUCUGCCAGUGACAAGGAGCUCUCCCCCCACCUCCCAGCCCUGAUUCGCGACAGCUUUUACUCCUACAAGAGCUUCGAGACCGGUGUGGCCCCCAACGUGGCCCUGGCCCCACCGGCCCAGCAGAAGGUGGUGAGCAGCCCGCCAUGUGCCACCAUCGUCUCCCGGGCCCCCGAGCCCCUCGCCACCUGCAUCCAGCCGCGGAAGCGGAAGUUGGCAGUGGACACACCUGGGGCCACAGAGACACAGGCGCCCACAGUCACCCCGGAGGACGACAAGGACUCAGAGGCAGAGGUGGAGGUGGAGAGCAGAGAGGAAUUCACCUCCUCCCUGUCCUCGCUCUCCUCUCCGUCCUUUACCUCGUCCAGCUCAGCCAAGGACCUGAGCUCCCCAGGGGUGCAUGGCCCCCCCGCCCCCCCCACAGCCCCGGACACCUCGGCCCCCACCGACACCCCGAGUGGGGGGCUGGAGGCGGAGCUGGAGCACCUGCGUCAAGCCCUGGAGGGCGGCCUGGACACCAAGGAGGCCAAAGAGAAGUUCCUGCACGAGGUGGUGAAGAUGCGCGUGAAGCAGGAGGAGAAGCUGAGCGCCGCCCUGCAGGCCAAGCGCAGCCUCCACCAGGAGCUGGAGUUCCUGCGCGUGGCCAAGAAGGAGAAGCUGCGGGAGGCCACGGAGGCGAAGCGCAACCUGCGGAAAGAGAUUGAGCGCCUCCGCGCCGAGAACGAGAAGAAGAUGAAGGAGGCGAACGAGGCGCGGCUGCGCCUGAAGCGGGAGCUGGAGCAGGCGCGGCAGGUCCGGGUGUGCGACAAGGGCUGCGAGGCCGGCCGCCUGCGCGCCAAGUACUCCGCCCAGAUCGAGGACCUGCAGGUGAAGCUGCAGCACGCAGAGGCCGACCGCGAGCAGCUGCGCGCAGACCUGCUGCGGGAGCGCGAGGCCCGCGAGCACCUGGAGAAGGUGGUGAAGGAGCUGCAGGAGCAGCUGUGGCCGCGGCCCCGCCCCGAGGCCGCGGGCAGCGAGAGCGCCACGGAGCUGGAUCCCUAGUGGACCCCCGGCGUCCUGUCCCGGUUUGGACCCUGCGGGGAAGGGCGGGCAGUCGCCGGCCACGGGGCUCUGCGUGGGUGGGCCCGCCCGCCCUCCUCCCGGCCCAGAUAGCACAACGUCUUACUGUGCCUCCACCAAGCGAGUGUUUGGAACCACAUUCUUUUGGAAUCCACAGCAAAUUUUCUACUGGCCAAGUUCAGGCGCAAGCGGGGCCCCACCGCAGCCUCCGCUUGCCUGGGACACCCUAACAUUACACUUUUGUUAUAAGCUAUUUAAAACCAAUAAGGAGACUUGGUAUUCAGAAGAAAAUCAACACGUUUUUUAAUGACUAACUUUUAAAAGCCCCACCACCACGUGACGCCAUCGGGACCCCAAGGGAGCCGGGGCGACGCCCGGCGAAGCCAUCACAGCUCCUCGGCCCGCGGCUGCAUGAGGACAGGGAGGGUUUUUCUCCAGAGUCUAUUUUUUCAGCGACAAGGACCCAGGUCUCCUGUGCUGCCGCGGGGAGGGGAGCGCCCGCGCCGGAGCUGACACUGCCGCCUUAGCCGGCCCCCCUCCACCUGCCGAGCGGACAGGACUGUCCGGCCGCCCGGCCGCAGCGACCUGCUCCGCUGGGCAGAUGGCGCUCCGCCAGCCGAGGCCGCAGCAGCAGAACAAAACAGCAUUACUUCACUCUCCUUUUUCUCUCGUUCGUUUGUUCAUUUAACGUACACUUAGAACUGCACUUUGUCGGAAACCUUCCCCUGUUUCUCCCCCAGCUGACUGAGGUUCUCACCUUUCAGACGUUGAACCCGCCUGCCUGCUCGGGCGCGAGAAGCCCCUCUGGUGCUCGGUUGAACAAGGGAAUCACACGGAAACGAAAUGCAAAAACUGAACUUCGGGGGUAGUUCUGUGCCUUCCAGCAUCUUGUACAGCGAAUCCCGACUCGUCUUUACCCCCAGAUAUCCGUCCAGUAGCGAUCGAACCUGCCACUAUAAGAAUAAGUUCCUUGCAUUUAUUCCAGAUAAUCUCGUUUACUCUCCGCUGUUGUUUAUGCAAAUCGUAUAAGGUUUUCCACGCCCAAGCUUGGAAGUGAUUUCCCGGGAGACGGGCGCUGCCCGCCGGAGAUGACGGUAUUUGUGGACGAGGAAGAUCUUACCGGAAUCUUCGCCGUCUCCGUCCUGACGCCACGGCAGCUGCGCGUCGGGCGGGGACGUGGGUGCGACAUCCCCUGCGGGUCGCCCUGGGUUUACUGGGGGCCCGGGUGCCGCUGGGCCCCCUUCUGAAGUGCAAUGCAAAAGGGACACCGUGAUCGCAGCGAGCGUUUGGGUUUUUUUCUUUUCGCUUUGUUGUUCUUUUGCAGUUAUUAAACCUGUAUGCAUGGAAUUCAGCCUCUGCCACACGUACACCCCUCGAUGGGCAUUAUUACCGUGUCUGCAAAGGGUCAGUUAGGCAACUCUCAGAAUGCGUGUCAGCCUUGUUUUUCUAGUCGUGUUUUUUUCAGCCCCUUUUCAAGGGAACUAAACGGUGUAGCUGGAGCUUGUGCGUGUGGGUGCGCUUCUGUGGGGCCGGGCGGGCUCCGGGGGGAGACACGACCUCCAAGUUGGACACGAGGGAGCCACCUGUCCGUCCCCUGGCACUGUCCCCCCCAGUCACCCACGCCUCUGCCAGCUGUGUCCCCAAACGUCAUGGGGAAGAGGUAGACACGCAGUGGCUUCUUGUCCCCAGGAGCCGGGGGAUGGGGCCCAGGGCAGGCCCUGUCCCACCCAGGCCUGGGGGGCAGCGACGGGGCGGGAGGCACACGGGCGGCUCCCCUUCACCAGCAGCUCAGCCUUCCCGGGCAGCUCCCUGGGCGAGGCCGGGGCAGGGGUGCCCGGCAGCUCCACCCUGGGGUGCAGCUCACACGGGCCCAGCCCCCUCCCUGGUGCAGCUGCGGCCCUGCCCUUCCCCAGGGAGCGGGGGUCCUGUGGGCAGGUGACCGGGUGUGACACCGUCCGACUGUGUAGCGAGUCGCUCGCCUUCCUCUGCCCGGAGAGGCUUCCCGAAGGGAAACACAACAGCAAUAACAAUCCACGGGCAGCUAACCCUUCCCGCCUCCGCCUCGCAGCUGGCCGGCCGGGCGACGCCCGGAGACUCCGUUAUACCCUCACCACCCGCGUACGCGGGGGUUCCAGAGGCCCCUCUGCUACCCGGGAGCCGCCCUGUGUCCUGGGCCGUCGGAACGGGACCUGCUCCUCUGCGGGACGGGGUCGCCCUGCCCGUGGGUCCCGAGGAAGCUUGUCCGUCCGACAGCAGGAGUCGCAACGACCUUCUCUUCAAUUAAGGAAAAACGCAGCUCUACCUGUGUCCCCGCCAGGAGCACCCACCGCGCCCCGUCCUCUCCUUUGCUGCUGCUAACGACAAUACGACUUACUCUACGAUUCGAAAGCUAUUUUUAUGUAAUUAACGUAUGCGCUCUUGUUUAUAAAUGCCUGAUUUAAAGAGAAAGCUUGGCAUAUUUAUCGCCUUCGCUCUGUGCCCGCGCCCUUCGGCGCCCCUCCCCCGACCUGACCUUGUACAAUAAAGGACUUUGAGAGGA